AGUCCAGCGAGGCCAAACACGCCUCCGAGCUUGUUGGCGCCAUCCAACCGCUCUCUCUCUCUUCUGCCACCCAUUUCCAAACAUUUCCACCCAAAAAAUCCCAAAAUUUCACAAUUCUCAGCCCAAAUUUCGAGUCUCCACCCGUAAUCUCACCACCAACCACCGUCGCCGUCACGGAAUCCGAAAAGCUUUCGUCUUUCUGACUAGAAAGGCCGUUCGUUCGUGAUCCCUUAACCUGUAACUUCCGCUGUGUCAAAUAAUUCAUAAAAAUGGCGAAUUUUCAAGAUAUUAUGAUGUCAGCAGCCAUCAACAUUCUGUCUGCAUUCGGAUUUCUGGUGGCGUUUGGUCUGCUGCGGCUGCAGCCGUUCAACGACAGAGUCUACUUUCCGAAAUGGUACCUCAAGGGGAUGAGGGGAAGCCCCACGAGCUCCGGCGCCACCGUCAGGAAAUUCGUCAAUCUGGACGCCAAAACCUACUUCAAGUUCCUCAAUUGGAUGCCUGCCGCGCUGCGGAUGCCCGAACCGGAGCUCAUUGAUCACGCCGGCCUUGAUUCCGCCGCUUACAUUCGGAUUUAUGUGCUCGGCUUGAAGAUAUUCGUCCCCAUAACCGCGCUUGCGCUUGGUGUUUUGGUGCCUGUCAAUUAUAUGAGCAAUACGCUGGAAAGGAGCCGUGAAGUAGUAUUCAGCGACAUUGAUAAACUCUCAAUAUCCAAUAUUCCUUCUGGAUCUCCCAAGUUUUUCGCACAUCUCGUGAUGUCUUAUGUAUUUACCUUUUGGACAUGCUUUGUUUUAUACCAUGAGUACAAGACAGUGGCUACUAAACGGCUUCAAUUUUUAGCAUCUGAAAAGCGUCGUCCUGAUCAGUUCACGGUUCUUGUGAGGAAUGUACCCCCAGAUCCUGAUGAAUCAGUCAGUGAGCAUAUCGAACAUUUCUUCUGUGUAAACCAUCCCGGUCACUAUCUUACGCAUCAAGUUGUAUACAAUGCAAAUAAACUUGCACAGGUGGUCGACAAGAAGAAGAGUACGAAAAAUUGGCUUGUGUACUACCAAAACAAGUUUGAGAGAAAUCCCAAGACAAAGCCUACUACAAAGACAGGUUUCUUGGGCCUAUGGGGAGAUAGAGUCGACGCGAUUGAUUACUACAAUGAUACGAUCAAGAAAUUGGUCGAAGAAGAAAAGCAAGAACGAGAAAAGGUUAUAAGUGAUCCUGAUGCCAUAAUGCCUGCAGCAUUUGUUUCAUUCAAAACGCGAUGGGGAGCAGCUGUGUGUGCUCAAACUCAGCAGUCACGUAAUCCUACCAUCUGGUUGACGGAGUGGGCUCCUGAGCCACGCGACAUCUAUUGGAAUAACCUUGCAAUUCCAUACGUUGAACUCAACGUGCGAAAAUUGCUCAUGGGUGUUGCCUUUUUCUUCCUUACUUUCUUCUUCAUGAUUCCAAUUGCGUUCGUCCAAUCUUUAGCUAACAUCGAGGGGAUUCAGAAGGCCCUUCCUUUCUUGAAGCCACUACUUCAGAUAAGUUCUGUCAAGUCUGUUGUCCAAGGGUUUCUUCCAGGAAUUGCAUUGAAGAUAUUUCUCGCUAUACUUCCCAUGAUUCUUAUGCUUAUGUCAAAGAUUGAGGGCUUAACAUCACUCUCACAUCUGGAUAGGAGAUCUGCAGCGAAGUAUCAUUUGUUCAUACUUAUCAAUGUGUUCCUAGGAAGCAUUGUUACUGGAACGGCACUUCAGCAGCUUGAGAAACUUAUGAACGAGCCCUCAACCGAGUUCACAAAAACUGUUGGGAGGUCCAUCCCAAUGAAAGGUACAUUCUUCAUCACUUAUGUCAUGGUUGAUGGUUGGAGUGGAAUCGCUGCAGAAAUCCUCAGAUUGGUGCCGUUAAUUUUGUUUCACCUCAAGAACACAUUUCUGGUUAAGACAGAACAAGAUCGGGAGCAGGCAACUGAUCCCGGUUCCUUGAAUUUCGCUACAAACGAACCUAGGACACAAUUAUAUUUUCUGCUGGGUCUUGUUUAUUCUGUUGUCACACCUAUACUACUUCCUUUCAUUCUCAUAUUCUUCGCUUUCGCCUACGUGGUUUAUCGUCAUCAGAUUAUUAAUGUCUAUGACCAGAAAUAUGAGAGUGGCGCGGCCUUCUGGCCACAGGUGCAUCUUCGUGUAAUUAUCGGUCUAAUCAUAGCACAAGUUCUACUAAUGGGGUUGUUUAGCACAUUAGGCGUUGCGAAAUCAACAUUCAUUCUCAUCCCGCAACCUAUUUUGACACUCUGGUUCCAUAGAGUCUGCAAGGGGCGAUUCGAAUCAGCAUUCCUAAAAUUCCCACUACAGGAGGCAAUGGUGAAGGAUACGGUCGAGCGUGCAACGGAACCAAACCUGAAUCUGUUGAACUAUCUGAAGGACGCUUACGUGCAUCCCGUUUUCAAGGGAGGGCAGAUGCAGAAUCACGAAGUAGACGUUGACGAGGAGGAGAGCAGUCCUCUUGUUGUUACAAAGAGAACGUCUCAAAUGGGAAGUAAACACGAGUCCGAUGCCGGUCCUGAAAUUCGCAGUUAGUUUUUCUUUCCGGCAGACACAUCUUUUAGGUUCAAAGCCCUUCUCUCUUGUAAAUGCACGAGGAUCAUGGACUUUAUAGUGUUCAUUCUGUGGAUAAUAGGGGGAGAUUGCAGACAUAUUAGAAAGUCAAUGUAGCAAUGGAGCCUAAUCUGUAUGUUUAAACAUGAUUAUUUUUUAUUUACCAGCAAUUCACCGUGUGAUAUGGAAGAAAUUCUUAAAUGUAACCGAGCGUAUACAUAAAAGUUUCAAU